UUUCUCGUUGACAUCUGGUGGCAGCGGUGAGCAAGAGCCUCACGCAAACGUUAAUUUGCAUACUACCUUGCGAGGCCAUGCUUCUCGUCGACCCAUUCCUACCAAAUCUUUUUUAUCCAUGCCUACCCACAUCAUGUCUGCCCUACUACUUCGUGCUGACCACUCAUGCCUAUGCAACUUUCCUGACGAAGUUGCUGACUAUAUGUUCCCUAUAUGGGUCAGCCCGGUCCACCUGCUACACCAACUCUUCGCCAAUCCUUGUCAGCAAAACCAUGGAGUCGCCGUUCUAUUCAGCACCACCAAUAAUUCCUUGCUACUGUUAAAACCUUCAUCAGUGGUCUCGUGCAGGAAGAAUCACAUGAAUGAACUUUCACAUACGUCUGCCAGCGGGGCCGCGAGCGCAACCUUGGAGCUCCGGGGCCAAACAGUCAUCCAGCCCUUCCACAAAUCUUCUAAUCAACUCCAGCAUUUGCUUAAUAUGCCUUUCAUCGCCGCCAAAGUUUAAACAACCUAGCCAUGAGGUUUCACUCUCGCGUCCUCCUGCGACAACCAAUCCACCAGGGUUGAACCAGGAAGCCCUCGGAGAUCGCAGACCUCCUCAACUUGUUUUGAUAACCUCGUCCCUGCACCGAAGACACCUACUUAUUCCAACCCAAAGU